CCGUACACAGUUAUAUAGGUUCGUCUACGUACCGGCUGUGCCUUGGGACAUACAAGCAGCAGAUUAGGAACAGCUAGCUAGAUCUCCUUCCAUCCUUAUGGAUGAGGGAGAAAGCUUGUCAAACAACCCAGGUCGGACUGCAGGUGAUUAUCAUAUGAUUCAGAUGGAUGUGGGAGAAAGCAUGUCAAACAACCCAGGAAUGAUCAACGAGUAUGCGGCCCUAGUCAAUGCUGUGCGAGGUGGUAAUUGGAAUGCUACGAGAGACUUCCUUAUACUCCACCCCGAUGCUUUGACAGCAAUUAUCACCGCACCUUUUGACAAGACGAUUCUUCACGUUGCUAUUGCUGCUCAGCAGGAACGUAUAGUGCAGGAGUUGGUGAAUAUGAUGCUGGAACCUGACUUGGAAAGAACGGAUAACAACGGUAUUACAGCUCUUCAUGAGACAACAUUUCGAGGUAAUUACAAGAUGGCAGAAUGCCUGAUUAGAAAGAACCGGCGCUUGGUCCACAUCAGAUCACCUGGUUUUACAGAACUUCCAGUUGUCAUGGCUAUGAUGUUUGGGCAUAAAGAAUUGGCUCGCUAUCUCUAUGAACUGACUCUGUUGCAAGAUCUAGAGGCAGAACAAGGUGACCAGGGUUCUGAACUUCUUACCUACGCUAUCUAUGCCAGAGAAUUAGAUAUCGCUUUGGACCUAAUGGACCGUUGUCCUCGUUUGGCUUUUGCCUUGAAGAGACGAGGAAUUGUCACCCCUUUGGGUGCAUUGGCUGUUGUGACCAACGCAUUGAUCCCGAGUGCCACAUCUCUACAAGGAUGGAUCUACCGUCAUUUGACAGCUCCAAUGCAUCAGCACCAACUAGGUUCAAGCCUCUUAAACCUCUUGGGAUUCCAGCGUACUCUACAUGAAACGAUGUUGGCUCAUGUCCAGUUCCAAAAACUUCUGUAUCGUAUCUGCGAAACAGUAGCGACUUCAAAGAUAACUCCAGAAAUAAUAAAUUCCAGUGUUGCGCCAGCCAUCUUCGGUGCUAUCAGCAAAGGGAACUUUGAGUUUGUUUUCCAAAUAGUCAAGGCAAAUCCAGAUUUGUUGUGGAUCCAGAAUGAAUUUGGAAUGGGCAUAUUCCAGUUUGCUGUCCAAUGUCGUCAAGCUGAAAUUUUUAGCCUUAUAUACCAGUUAAAGGAGAAUAAUGCUCUAAUACGCUUUAUAGAUGCCGCCGGCAAUAACAUAUUACAUGUGGCAGGGAUGCUAACAGAAUUCACUCCUAUUAAUCACAUCACAGGUUCAGUUUUGCAAAUGCAAAGAGAAGUGCAAUGGUUUAAGGAGGUGGAAAGCAUUUGCCCUCCCAUGUGUCAAGAACUUUUAAACAAUGAUUGUUUGACUGCCAAAGAAUUGUUUACGAGGACCCACCAAGAUUUGAGGGAAAAAGGAGAGAAAUGGAUGAAGAACACAAUAACUUCUGGUUCAGUGGUGGGUACUCUCAUUGUUACUAUUAUGUUUGCAGCCGCAUUUACUAUUCCGGGUGGUACCAAUCAAGAGACAGGCUCAACAAUUCUCGUACAUGACAAAUUGUUUAAGAUCUUUAUGAUAGCUGAUUCUAUAUCGCUAUUUUCUUCCUCGACUGCAGUAUUAAUAUUUUUGGGAAUCUUCACCUCACGUUAUGCAGAAGAAGACUUUCUUAUAUUAUUGCCCAAAAAGAUGGUAAUAGGCUUUUCUACUCUUUUCUUCUCUAUCAUAAGUAUGAUGAUAGCCUUUUCUGCUGCCCUUUUAAUUACGUUACGUGAAGAAUCAUUGAUUGUCAUUCCUAUCAUUGGUUUGGCUAGUGUUCCCGUUUUAUUUGUAUUGAUGCCAUUUCGCCUUCUAGUUGACAUAUUUCGUUCAACUUAUGGAAGGGGCAUCUUUAAUAGGAAAAUGAAACCUUGGUUUUGACUUUUUUCCUUGUUACAAUGUUCCAUUAAUGUGUGGCAUAUUGACUACAUUGCUGAG